AUGGGCUGGAAUCGAAAAUAUUGGAGACUUCGAUUCCAUCCGCUGACAGGAUAUGGUAUGCCCUACAAAGAUGAUGACUAUUAUCAAGUGUACAUGAAGAAUUCCAGUGAGAAUUUCGUAUUCCUCGUGGACCAUUUACAAGAUGUCUUUGAAGUGAAAAUUGGAGCAUUGGAACUAGGUGUCAGAGAGGGAAUGAACGUAGAGAAGAUGAAGCCGUAUGUGGAAUGGAUGAAUGGUUUCAAUUGGGAAUUGGGAAAGAUACCAGCUCUAAGGGUGGUGUCAUCGAGGAACGAGCUAAGUCUCAAAUUCCUAUUAGAAAACCUGAAGCAAGGUGUUGAACGGAUGGAUAUAGAGGUUUUAUAUUGUCGAAAUCCCAUAAAGUGCUCUUCCGUAAACUUCAAAGUGGAUGUAUUGACUGGAAACGGAGAGGAAUGGUUGGCAACAGAAACGAUGAAAAGUAUCGAUCCAAUUAGAAUGGAUUUACGGGAGACUCAUUUAAGCAAUUUGGAUAUGAAUCAGUUUUUGAGAAGUUGGAAGGAAGGAACAUCAAAUGGAAGGAUCCAAGAGAUUAGGUUGCCUCUCAAAGAGAGAGUGAAAUGGAGAACGAUGUUGGAUGGAUUGGAUGCUGAAUUAGGAGACUUCAGAAGAACUAGAAAGACGUUUAGAUUCACCAAUGACAAUCAGUUGUAUCAAUUGCAUGGUGGCUUCGACAUAACUAGAGCUGAUGGAAGGAUGGCAACCAUUGGACACCAUGGAUACAACCUGUCCCACGAAGAUAAUCCAUGGCAACAGUUUGAGAUUGAAGAAUGUGCAAGAAUCUCAAGAGUGUGGAAUUUGGAAGAAAGUGAUGAGGAAGAUGAGAUUGAAAAGGGAGAUGGUCAAGGGUAUAUCGAAUGGAUAAAGCGAUAUAGAAGAGAAGAAAGACGCAAUAUCUUUAUGAUUGUGUGGUGA